CUCUUAGUAGCAAACACUUGGAACCCAAAAACCUUUCCUCCAAAAGUCUUCCAGGGAAAAAUGGAGUCUAUGGGAGCCAUUUCAGAAGGAGAGUGGAGCUCUCUUUGUGGAAUGUACACCACUGAGGAGCCUGAUUUCAUGGCUCAAUUGUUCAGUAGAUGUCCCCUUCCUGAUGAGCUAGAUAGGUGUUCAAACUUGGGAAUUCCAUCUACUUUUUGGCCUGCCCAUCAAUAUUCAACAAUAAAUAUGACAGGAGCUUCGUACUGUUCCUCAGAUGAUGUUAACACUAGUUCAUUCAGUUUUUCGCAAGGAAGUAGUUAUAGUGCUGGUGGUAGUAUUCUUUUUCCCUCUUCAAGUCAAGAGAGCUACUACCUGAGUGAUUCUAAUCCAAUUUUCGUAGCCAAUAAUAGCCCCAUGUCAAUGGUUUUUGGUAUGGAAGAUGCAACAAACACAAGUUCCUAUCUCGUCGAAGGUGAUGAUUGCUUGAACCAAGAAAUGGGCAAUGGAAAUGUAGAACAGGAUGGCAAAAGCCACCAAGAACCUGCUGUUCCCAAUAAGAAAUUUGAACCCAAAAGGGAAUCUGAGAUGCCACAGCCAGAACCAAUCACAGGGAAAAAAAAUAACACCAUAUCAGAAAAUUCUAAGAAAAGAUCUCGAAGUUCAGGAGAUAUCCAAAAGAACCGGAGAAAUGCAAGGUCUAAGAAGAACCAAAGUAGCGUCUCAAGUACGAACAACGAUGAAGAUGUUAAUGCCGUCCUCAACGGGCAAAGCUCGGCCAGUUGCUCAUCAGAGGAUGACUCAAAUGCUUCUCAGGAGUUGAAUGGAGGAGUGACCUCGAGCUCAAAAGGAGAAGCAGCACUGAGUUUGAAUGGCAAAACAAGAGCUAGUAGGGGAGCAGCGACUGAUCCCCAAAGCCUUUAUGCAAGGAAAAGAAGGGAAAGAAUUAAUGAGAGGCUGAGAAUUUUACAGAACCUUGUCCCCAACGGAACAAAGGUUGAUAUUAGCACAAUGCUUGAAGAAGCUGUCCAAUAUGUAAAGUUUUUGCAGCUCCAGAUUAAGCUGUUAAGUUCUGAUGAUUUAUGGAUGUAUGCACCCAUUGCUUACAAUGGAAUGGACAUUGGACUUGAUCUGAAGGUCGCCACGCCAAAACGAUCGUAGAAGAUGUGGCCUGAGGACCACUCUAACACAUUGGCCAUCUGCAUUAAAUUGAAAUAAUUAGUCGUUGCCAUUUUGUAAUGGAUUUAUUUCUUUUUAAGUACAUAAAUUCCAAUAAUUACCACCAAUCAUUUAUCAAAUUUGUCCAUUUCUUUCUUGUAAUCAUAUUACAUAUACAAUAGUUAAUUGAGCAGAUUUUCUACGUUUUGAAGAUUUUUGGCUCCACACAGCUGAAA